CGCGAGGGCGGGGACACUGAGCUGCCGACCAAUCAGAGCGCGAGGGCAGGGACACGGUGGGGUGCCGACCAAUCAGAGCGCAGGAGCACUGGCGGUGCAGGGGUAGCGGCCAGUCUCGGACGGUAAAAGGAACUACAUAGACGGCAGCCGAAUCGAUGCAGUUCAGAAUUUCACCAUUACCUCCUUGUUCUAUGGAAAUUCAAGAUGAAGAACCUUGAGAGAUUGCCAUGUGCCAUGUUAGACGCUGUGAAACUUUCGGCGAAUCUGACGGCAUUGAGGCGCAUAUCUCAUCAGUUAUCUUCGGAAGCACAACAAAAGCAAGGUACGAUAGAUGAAGUCUUAGAUCGACUCAAACCAGACGUUGUACUUAGCGAAGCAAACCGCAAGAAUUGUGCAGAAAUUUUGAAACACUACCGAUUCCCAACAAAGGUGCUUCAGGAAGUCAACAAAGCUGCCGUUUUAGUCCCACUGUGUAUGCACAAAGGAGAAUUGGGGUUACUCUAUACCCUACGUUCAUCCAAGUUGAAUACAAAUCGAGGGCAAGUGUCAUUUCCAGGAGGAAUACAAGACGAAGCGGACAAGUCUCUGGAGGAGACUGCAUUGAGAGAAACUUGGGAGGAACUAAAUAUUUCAAAAGAUACGGUCGAUAUCUGGGUCAGUGGGAAUCCCAUUGUGCGAACGAACGUCAGUGUGUUACCUGUAUUAGGAUAUGUAGGCGAAGUGGAUCCUGAUACACUAAAAAUUAAUCCCGACGAAGUGGAGGAGGCCUUUUUCAUCAGCUUGAGAAACAUUUGUGACCCUGCAAAUUUUCGGUACACGCAGUUUAGGAACAAUUAUAUCGUACCCACCUACUUAGGUGGAAAGCAUCGUAUUUGGGGGCUUACUGCAGGAAUUACCCAUAUUGUCAUGAAGGCUUUGGUUCCGGAAAUGUACAAACAUGAAUUGACUUAUUUGCAGCCAAUCGGCAAGUUGUAAAUAUUUUCAUUUCAGAAUCGUCUAUUGCAAAUGAUUCAAAUUCUUCCGUGACCUGUGAUGUGCCUGUAAUUUAUACAAUAAGAUUUAUGACACUUCCAAUUUCUAUUCACCUAAAUUUAUAUAAAGAACUUGGUACAUUCUAUUCAUUAGGAGCUUAAGAAAGAGCUGUGUAACAAGAAAAGUAGGAAUAUCUCCGAUCCUAACUUUUGGCACUGGUUAGGUUCCCUGCAUUCAAUUGCAAUAAUUUUUGUGAUGUUAAUACCACGUAUAAUUUAUUUACGAAUAAAUAAAUCCGAAGUA